AUGGCCAUUCGCUCCAUGAAGUUCACGCCCGAGAUCCUGCUCGGUGCGCCCAGGCGGUCCUCAGCCACCCCCAACGCAGCCGGCACCCUAGCUGUCUACACGCAAACCUCCUACUCCUUCGAAUCCCACUCCAAGACCAAUGAGAUCCGCGUGAUCGAAAUCGAAUCCGGCCGCUCGGCUCUGAUCACAAAUGAUCCUGGCGCUAGCAACCCCCAAUGGGUCGAUGGUAGCGACCAGCUAGUCUGGCUGAAGACCAAAUCCAAUGGAAACACGAGCUUCAUCAUUGGCGACGCCCGUCAGGCUGACAGUACAUACACCGCCGGGACGGUGCCCGGCCCUGUCUCAGACCUCAAGGUCACUGUGAUUGAGCCCGGUAAGGUUGGCUUCGCGGUGACAGGCAAGGCCAAUCCCGAUGGAUCGUUAUACAACCCGCAUGAUGCGAAGAAGCCUUUGACCACCGGUAAACUUUAUACGUCCCUAUUCGUUCGCCAUUGGGAUUCAUACGUCGAGCCGCAGAAGAAUUCCAUCUGGUAUGGAUUGCUGGAACAAGCGCCUCUGACGCCGGCUCGCAGGUGUGCGGGCAAAUAUGCCGUCUCCGGACUGACGAACCUAAUCCAAGUCUCGGGGUUGACUGGUGUCGAGUCGCCUAUUCCACCAUUUGGUGGUUCUGGUGACUUCGAUAUCAGUCCGUCCGCCAUUGUAUUUAUCGCAAAGGACCCUGCCCUCAACCCGGCAACUCAUACAUCGUGCUCGUGUUACUACUCCCCCAUGUUCUCUUGGAUAAGUAUGAGUGAGCCGGACGCGAAGGUCUGUAAAGUGACUGGUCUUCAGGGAGCUAUGUCAUCCCCGGUCCUUAGUUCCGAUGGCAGCUCCAUCGCCGUACUGGCCAUGCGCGAGGACGGCUAUGAGUCUGAUAAGAACCGUAUUCUCUACGUUCCAAACCCUUGGGAUGGGAAAAUGAUCGAGAUCUUUGCAUCUGAUGAUGGCGAAGGUCUCUGGGACCUCAGUCCUUCGUCUGUGUCGUUCGCGCACGAUGAUAAAUCAUUAAUCCUUCACGCCGAGGAGCAAGGCCGCGGUGUUCUUUAUCAGCUUCCCUUGACUAAUGCUGAGAAAGCCAAGCCUGACGCGCUGAAGAGACUAACCCGCUCGGGAUAUGUCAAUGACGCCGUUCCUGCAGCGGCCAAGUCUCCCAAGCUCUUUGUCUCCAGCAGCAGCAUUGUCGAUAAUAGUCUUUGGACAAUCAUUGACCCCUCCCACCCGGAUAAUGUCCAGAUGGUCUCAUCCAAUGGCCGUGGUGGUAGUGCAUUUGGACUAUCCUCGUCGCAGGUCGACGAGAUCUGGUUCAAGGGAGCCGAAGACCAUCCUGUGCACGCCUGGGUCGUAAAGCCCUCCGAUUUCAAGCCGGGCGAGAAGUACCCUCUCGCUUACUUGAUUCACGGUGGCCCCCAGGGUGCUUGGAAUGACCAGUGGAGCACUCGCUGGAACCCCGCGGUAUUCGCCGAGCAGGGCUACGUUGUGAUCACCCCCAAUCCUACUGGAAGUACCGGUUACGGCCAGCCCUUCACAGACGGGAUCAAGGGACAAUGGGGCGGUCGGCCCUACGAGGAUCUUGUCCGAGGAUUUGAUCACAUCGAGCAGCACCUCGACUAUGUGGAUACUGCCCGCGCAGUGGCUCUUGGCGCUUCAUACGGUGGCUACAUGAUGAAUUGGAUCCAGGGCCACCCACUCGGGCGCAAGUUCAAGGCACUGGUGACUCAUGACGGCGUCUUCAGUAUGACCGGCCAGCUCGCCAGUGAAGAACAGUACUUCCCUCUGCACGAUUUGAAGGGUCCGAUCUGGAAGGUCCCUGAGAACUGGGCGCAGUGGGAUCCUUCGCGGUUUACCGAGCAUUGGAAGACGCCUCAUCUGAUUAUUCACAAUGAGUUGGACUACCGCCUUACCAUUGCCGAGGGUCUGGCUGCGUUCAACGUGCUCCAGCUGCGCGGUAUCGAGAGUGCGUUCCUGACGUUCCCAGAUGAGAACCACUGGGUGCUGAACCCCGAGAACUCGCUCUUGUGGCAUCGCACUGUGCUCAACUGGAUCAACAAGUACGUUGGUCUUCCAGCUGCGUUCGAGGAGCCCGAUUUGGCUGCCGAAGUGAACAAUCUCUGUCACCCCCUCCCUCCUACCAGUCCCAUUUCCCCCACUGAAAGAGUCGGUAGCAUCACCGAGCGAAGUCUGUCUAUCGCCACCGAAACCCAAGAACAACCCAACGAUCAGUCCGAUGACGAGAACGACGAGUCAGACUGGACUCCUCUCCACUUCCCCAACUCUGAGAAACUCCGCCCUGAUUUCCUUGCUCUUCUUCGACACCUCGAGGCCCGUCUCUCCCCACUGGUCAGUUGCGACACCGGUAAAACUCACCCAGACUUCCCUGCAACCAUGCUGGCUUACAACUUACUUACCCACGAGCAAUGCGAUGCUAUUUGCGGUCACUAUCACCAGGUCUGGCCCCCUGUCAAGGAAUCCGGUCAGUACCCAGUGCCCAUUCGGCCAUGGAUUGGAUCGAAGUAUGAGGAUCUGAUGGAUCUUGACACGAAGCGCAGGCGGAUUGGUCAAUUUAUCGGUCUUAGUGGCUGCGAGUCACCUAUCUACGAGUCAUAUGAGGAUCGUGAGAUGGCCAAUGCCGAGUAUACCGAAGAUGCCGAGGACGCUGGGAUGGAAAUGGACGGGGAUGUUGAGAUGGACGAAGCAUUGCAGGAGAUGCAGGAGGAGUGGGAAGAGGGACUUAGACGUGCCAUGCGAGAUGAAGGUCAUCGUUGGGGUCAGAAAUAA